CCCUUCAAGGCUGGCCAAUCCCAAUCUUCGGAAUCCCUGGAUUUCUGGAUUUCAUCCCCGUCGAUAAGUUCUGACGAUUGGUGCGGUUGAGUGCGGGCCUCGUUCAGGCCGACAUCAUGACGGGUCGUUUGAAGCGUCGCAGCUCCUUGGGCGUGGGCUUCCACGCCCCACCCACUCCGCCCGCUGCGGGUCGGGCCCCCUUGGAUGACUCACUGGCCGCCACCGACGACGAAUCCGAGCGACGUCUGCGCCACGGUCGCCAAAAAGGCCGGGCCAGUCUGGGUACGCCCACCUUGGCCGCUAGCGUGGCCUCGCCGGCCGGCACGCCCUCGUCCAUCUCGGGCUACAGCGCCGCCCAGUUGGCGGAUCACUACACGAAUUGCAUGAAAUUGAGCGCGGAAAACAAGAUCUCGAUGAAGAACGCGUUUCAAUUGAAAUUGAUCGAUUAUAUGGCGGAAAUGCUCAAGAAGAAGAGCUCGGAUCUGGACAACUUCCAGACGGCCUCCUGCGCCCUGGACGCCUCCACCAAGAUCUACGGAUAUCGCGUGGAUUCCGUGCACAACGAGACCAUGAAGUUGGCCUCGGGUGUGGGAUACAGUAAUAGUCAGGCUCACAAGGCUGGGGGCGGGGGGGAUGAGGCUCAGGGCCCGGGUCAGGGCCCGGGUCAGGGCCCGGGUCAGGCCGAUGUGUCCGGCCCAGGGGCGGGCACCAAGAAGACCAAAAAGCGGAGCUCCACGGUGGAGAAGAAUCUGAAUCAUAUCAAUUGUUCGCAGUUUGAAUUGGACUACGAGAUCGAUCCGUUGUUCAAGAAGAUGUCCUUGCAAUUUGAUGGCGGCAAUGGCGGCGGUCAAUUCCUGUCCACUUUGCACAUGAAGAACGACUCCUCCGAGAUGUUAUUGGAUUCGCGAGCUAAAUUGGACCACUUUGAGCCUGGGACCGAGUCGGAAGCCGAUGAUGAAUCCCAGAGCCUGACCUAUAUCGAUCAUCCUCUGCCGCCGUUGAGUAGUCGACUAUCCGAGCCGCAGUGCGUCAUUUGUCCCAGUUUCGCCGGCUUCUCGUUUCGCCAGUGGAAUGCGGCCGAUGACGAUGAGGACCUCAAUAGGUCGUUAGGGGCGGACCACUGGCCGGGCACCGGCCAGGCCCUGGAGAACGAAGAGCACGCCUUCCAGCCGUUGGAAUUGGCCGACGAUUAUGACGAACCCGCGGACAACAUGCUGGAUGAUGGACCGGAUGAUUUCAUGCCUGCGGGUCUGACCAAGCCGCACAUGCCCGUGGGCCUAUUAAACAUCCAGAGUCUGCGCGAUCAUUUGUCCAGCGUGCCCAGUGAGUACUCGUACUUUGAUCAAGGUCGAUUAGGGGCGUGGGCCGGGCCCAAGCACUGGAAAUUCAAGCCCAUGACCAAAGCCCCGCUGAGCACGCAAGAAGCCCGUAAAGCGGCCAAGAAGAAGGACAAAGAGAAGAUGGACUUUCAUCUUUUGCACGACGACCAUCCGGCCAUCUUAAACCAGGUUCAACUGGCCAUGCGAUUGCCCAAGAAGACCACCAAGCUCCAGCACAAAACCAUGCAAAACUGGGGCGAAGAGCGCAACAUCCUGCCCGAGGAUCUUCAUUAUAGCGGCCAGGACUUUGUCAAGCUCGAGAGCAUGAUCAAGACCAAUUUGGCCCCGCGGAAACCAAGCCAAUCACAGUCCGUGGACGACAGUGUGGCAGAUUAUGACUUUGACAACUUGAAUGACACCCAGAACUUCUGUCCCGAUCUCGGGAGUGGCGAUAACCCCGCCGAUGAUGACGACGACGACGACGACGACGACGAAGACCGGGUGGCGAACAUGGACACUCAUCAAACCGUGUUCAGCACGCAAGAGCCCUCAGAACUCGGGUUAGUGGCCGCUCCCAAUCGGGUGGAGAAUAUCCAGAUCGGUUAUGCCAAGCAAGCCAAGAAAGUGGACAUGAGGAAACUCAAGUCCGUCGAGUGGUCCAUCAUCCUGAACCGAUCCAGGUGUUGCGAACCGGACAAGGAGAAUGAGGUCCUCAACGAUCAGGCUUCGGCCGUGCGAGAGACGUGGUCCUCGGCUACGCGAUUCAGUGACCUCUAUCAGGACCUGAAGGGACCCAACAAGCUUCCGUCCAAGAUGGUGGACAGUCUGAGUGUGCCGUUGGCUUUUGUGGCCUUGCUUCAUCUCUGCAAUGAGGAGACGCUUGCCUUGGAGAACCUGGCGGACUUCUCGGACCUCAACAUCUCCAAGGCUUAGCCAAGAUCGAAUCCUCAUUGGCACCACCCACACCUCACCCUCUUUAUAUUGUACAGAUAGCGCAUAAGUUUAUGAAAUCGAAGCUUCGCCCACGAAAUAAGAAAUCUAGAUCAACAGCUCAUGAUGUACCUGGAGGAAAAGAUAUCUUGAACUCUCUCUUACUUUCAG